CCACCCGAUACCAUGUCGACGCUAUUUGAUACCUCUCAGUCGCAAGACAUAGACGAAUGGUUACGCCAAGCUUCUCUUCCAAACGCAGUCACACAAUAUCCUUUAUCUCUUUCUCAGGCUCCUCCCGUCCACUCAGAUAUUGUCAUGACGCAAUUUACGCAGUUUGCCCCGACGUCUGAUUGGGAAAAAACCCCUACGCCUCAGCUUACCCAAUCAUUGCCACAUUAUCGCACAAUGGCAUCAACUUGCUGUAAUGGGUUAUGCCAGUGUUCCCAGGGUUCCUGCAGCUGUCCGGCUGAGUGUUGCGGAUGCUGUCAAGGGUGCCAGUGCGAACAACCCUGUCAAGACAGGGGAUAUCGUACGACAUUCACCGUUUCAGGCGAAAGGAAGUCGUGUUGUUCACCAAGGGAGCAUCAUUCUGAUUCGAACUCCCCUGGAAGACAUCUUCGUCCUAAUGAUGGCAUGACAGCGGGUGGAUAUACUUUGAACGUUGCAAUCCCUUCCAGGUCAUAUACGUCAGGUGGCCAUGAUCUCCUGUCAGUCCCCGAUAUGCAAAGUCGUUCUUCGUCGUCGUCGUCCGGUUCUAGUCACAGAUCGAGCGCCCAGAUGGCCGGUCACUCCUUUAUCUCUCCAACCCAUACCAGGCCUAAUAUGGUGAAAACCUUUUCACAGUCAUCCCCGUUACCGGUGGCUGCCCUGUCCGGUCCCAAUACCCGUCCGACCUUCAUGGGUUCGUAUCGCUCUGCACAAUCAUCUGCAAGCGUCUCUCCACAGCCAACCAGUCCCAUGAGCGGGGUAUCUUGUGGAGAUUCUGCGGGUUAUGCUAGUAGCAGUGCUGGGUCGGAUGGAUCACAUGGUGACCCUCAGUUUGAUGCCUAUGCUCAUUACAAUCCGUCUUUGGAUGCAAUGCACCUGAGGGGCAAUUGAGUCGGCUACUUCGAGCGCUUGGCGUUAUAUCGCUUCGCCUAUUCAAACACUGCCAGCGCGGCGCCUCGAGCACUUUUUUUGUUUACUUCUCAUACUUUUUUUUUAUUGACCGUUUAUUGGUGUAUAAUGGACAAGAUGUCAGAUUGAGAUAGAUAGUUUUAGUUUGAAGUAUUGCAUCCUUGUUCAUCUCUUUUUUGAUUAUCUUGAUUACUAUUAUAUAUAGUCGAUGUGUACGUUGUUCGAGGUAUAUUUACAGUCAUGAACUUACUGAUGUGACGUU